CCCGUCCAAAGUGGGGUCGGGUGGCUGCUGCGCCAUCUACUUCUCACCACUUCAACUAACACUCGACGCUCAUGCUGCCCCGCCUGAGGGCAUCCCUUCGGCCCGUCUCUACCUCUUCUCCCUCACUAGCACUCCGCAGCAUGGCCACAGCCGGAAAGGGCGGCAUUGAAGCCUCGAUGCGCGCCAAGCUGCAAGAAGCUCUGAAGCCUGCAACGCUCAACAUCCGCAACGACUCGGCGAAGCAUGCUCACCACGCCGCAAUGGCAGCUCAAGGAGGUGGCAAUGGAGAGACGCACUUCUUCGUCGAGAUCGUGAGCGAAGCCUUUGAAGGCAAGACGCAAAUCGCGAGACAUCGCUCCAUCAACUCGCUGUUGAGCAGAGAAUUCGAUGAGGGGCUGCACGCUCUCUCGUUGAGGACGAAGACCCCGGCCGAGGUGCAGAAGGAGCAGGAGCGGAUGAGAGGGGCGUGAGGACCGAUGAACAUGUGAAAUAGUUACAGGCCAAAGAAUGGUAAUACAACACGACAACUCUCACGACAGUCACCACCGUCACGACCUAGCUACC